AUGAACUACUUAAUUAUUGUGAAAGCUGCUAUCUAUUUCGAAAGGAUAAGAAAUAAGGAGAGGGAGUACAUUCAACACAGGGAUACGUAUAAAAAAGAGGUGGAAAUGAUUGAAAUAGACUCUUGUGCCUUUAAAAGUGAUCCGCUUGAAGUGAGUUACGCUGAAUUUGAGAAAUUAUAUCGAUUUUUUAUUUUCAGGUACAAUAACUAUAAUUCAACUGAAGACGGUACAACAAAGAAGUUAAAACAUAUGUCUCACAGAUUACCAAAGGUAAUUGAUUUAUUGGAAGAGAGAUAUAAUAAAGGCAAUGAUGGCACUAAAUACAAAACAAGAACAGAAAUAUACGUUCAAUUAUACAAGUGUUUGAUGCUGAUGCUAGAUGUUGAUUUAUAUAUCACAAGAAGAGAUGCAUUAGUUAAUCAGGCUGCAUUUUUAAAGAAAGCAUAUCUCAAGCAUAUUUUCAAGGUUAGUAACUUAGAUGCUACGAGAAUAAUAAGAGCCCAUAACGCACUUAAAGCGUCCAUUUAUUUAUUUAUUGGAUUAAAAGCGAAGUAUGAGACGUAUAAAAAGAGUAUAAAAAGACUUAAGUCUAUUAUUGAUGUAAUUGAUCAACAGUACAGCGGACAAUAA